UAAAUGCCAAACGUAUGCCAUGUGUUCAUCACAUUAAAUGAUCAAUUGAUUUGAUGGUCAAUUGGUGACCAUUUCAUUGAUAAUUAAAUAUAUUUAACUUUUUUUAAAAACUGCUAAAUUUGUGGCAAUGACUGGACAGUCAGAUACCGAGUCUAUUGACGACGUGGUCAUGAAGAACAACGAUGUGACCAAUGAAGCAAAGGUCGUGUCCCGCGUUAGGACUCAAUUCAUGUGCUCUUAUAUUGGAUGUAAUGCUGUCUUCAAUCGCAUGUAUCGUCUCGAUAGACACGUCCGACAUCAUACCGGAGAGAAACCAUUUGUCUGUCACAUCGAUGGUUGCGAUCGUUCCUUCAGUUGUAAGUCAUACCUUAGUAAACAUCUUAAGAGACCGCAUAAGAUCACCGAUAAGAUUACGACUGAGAAGAAUAUGUCAGAUGAUAAACCAGAAGAAGAUAGUGAGAAGAAGUGCUUAAAGGGAUAUACGUGUAAUGAAUGCAACAAAUUAUUUAAAACCAAAUUUCAACUGAAAAUGCAUUGCUUUCAACAUUCGGGUGUUAAACCAUUUCUUUGCGAUAAAUGCGACAAAAGGUUUGUCACAAAAAACAAAUUAAAAAGUCAUCUGAAGACACACGAUGGCUAUGCUUGUGGUAGAGAUAAUUGUGAUUAUAAGGCAACCAAAUGGAGUGAAUUGAGGAAACAUAUAGCCGUUGAACAUAAACUUCUUAAAUGCAAUUCUUGUGAUAAAACAUUUAAUACAAGUUUUAAUUUGAAUUUACACCAAAAGAAUAUUCAUUUAAAUGGCGGCCAAAAGUUUAUCUGCAAUCAUGAAAACUGUGGUAAAUCGUAUUCAAAUGAAUCGAAUCUUAGGACUCACAUCAGAUCUAAACAUUCAAACCAAUUGUUUAACUGUACUCAUGAAGACUGUGACAAGACUUUUCUACAUAAGAAGUCAUUGACUCAACACAUGGAAACUCAUUUAAAGGGUUCAAUCAAAAAGGUAAAGAAAGUCAACAAAAUAUAUCCAAAGAAAUCUAUAAUAUCGGCAAAAUUGGCGUCAAUUGAAUUGAAUGAAAAUGAAAAGAAACGGUUAAUUAAAUACGAUUUUGAAUUUAGAAAUCAAUUGCAAACUAGUAAUGAUCCAGAUUUUGAUGAAAAUAUACAAAAUGUUUAAUAUAUUUAUAUAUAUUUAAUUA